AGAAGUUCAGUUCGAGUGCAGGGAAGUUCUGAGAAACUCAUUGGGAAGCGUUACUUCAAUUUGCAUUAUAAUUUUCAUGAGAUAUCUGCACUAGCAGCUGAGAGCGACAGAAUGUAUGAGCAUGCAAGUGAAGUUUUUUCAAAUUUGCUAAAGGAAUUGCAGGUAAUGAAGAAGUGCUCAAAUGGUGGAACUUCUAAUGAGAUAUUAUGUUCUAAUCAUGAAGAAGAGUAUCCAACUGUAGCCGGAGUUAAGUCAAAAGCUACUGUUGGACGACCAAAAGGAAGAUUUAAAGGUGCAUUAGAGAGACAAAAAAGUCACAAAGUUCAAUCAAAACCAAAGGGUAAGAAGGUGAAAAUUGGUUCUUCUCAGCAAGUAGAAAGCAGUACUGAACUGCAAAUACAAAAUAAUCAGGUGAUGAACAAACAUCAGCUUCAAAGAUCAAUUGUUAGUUCAGCUGGAGAAAACUUGGAGUCUACACCUUGUGUAAGCGAUAUAUCAUUCACACAAUUGUUACAGGAUGUCACAUCAAACCCACAAGCACAUGGUCCUCAACAC